GGAAUACAUUAAUUUUUCUCUGCUGUAUCGAGGCUGUGUCGGCUGCAUAUUCCGCCAGCGGUGAAACUUCCAUCCGUGCAAGAACUGCUAUGGCCCCCGGAUAUGACGCCUUUUCCCGCCCCAAUGAUACUACAGAGGUCAUGAUCGGAGUUUCCGUACUAAAUAUUGAAGAAUGGGAUCGGCGAAAGCAGAUUUAUAGUUUUACGGCCUGGAUAACGGCUGAAUGGAUGGAUGUAAGGCUAACCUGGGAUCCAGCUACUAACGACGGCAUAGAGAGCGUCUUUUCAACACCAGACCUCAUUUGGAAGCCAGAUAUUGCCGUCGAUAAUAUAGCAGAAGACCUGAACGCAGUCAUCGAGGCCGCCUCAUUUCCCAGAUAUGAUUACACAGGAAGAGUAGUCUGGCGGUCGAAGGGUUAUUUCAGAGUCUAUUGCAAGAUUGGAGAUGAUUACCUGAAGAACGAAGAGCAGUACUGUUUAUUGGAGGUAACUGGUUGGAGGUACAACAUAUCUGAAGUGCUAUUUAUGUUCCAAGAGAAUGCAACCAACACUAAAUAUUUCAGCACACACACUGAAUGGAGCAUCACCGAUACAAAAACAGUUACUGCUGAGCUUGGAGAUUCUGUUUCCAACAGAACUGAAUUCAUAUUUCCAAAACUGGAGUUUUGGUUCAAAAUCGAACGCAAGGGGUUUGAAGGGAAUGUUUUAAUUUUUGCGUUGUUCUUGACGGCAUGGCUUAUCCUGAUGACAUUCCUCGUUCCCGUGAAAUCGGGUGAAAGGCUCUCUUAUAUUGUGGCGUUAUACCUCUCAAUGAUUGUAAUCCUGUCGUCCAUCUCUGAAAACAUUCCAUCAGACUUCGUUAGAGCUUCUGGUUUAUAUACUUACCUUACCUUGCUAAUAGUUCUGUCAGGACAGGCUAUUGUCUGCACUGUGUUUGUACUGCAUGUUCACCACAAUGGCUUUUCAUCGUUUGUGAGGACUGCGUGUGGACUAUGUUGUAUCCGAAAGCUUCUACGAAACGAGACUCACCCUAGGGAUGACCGUUCGAUAGAGUUAGAAGUGCGCGGUUCUUUAGAGCCGACAUCCUCUGGUCGUUGGAAAAAAAAUUUGCAAGUUUUAGAAGCGGUUUCCGUCUUUGUGUAUUUGAUUCAAAUUGUUAUUUAUACAAUUACUACUAGUUUGCGAUUGCGCGGCGUGUUGAGCGCUGAAGAGUUUGAAUCUGAAUGGUAA